GUCGGCUUCAAAAUUUUGAGUUGUAAUACCUUGCUUGAUACAGGGUAUUUGUGAUAUACUGCAAAAAUGUUACGGUCCGCAGGUCGUCCGUACAUUUGCUGUAGAUGUCUUCCGAACUGCCCUAAUGGAUUACGAUCUUCAUUUUCUACGCCUUUGCAGUCCUCGACUGGACGUCAUAACUACGCUACCUCAACUAAGAACCGCCCUCAGGGUGCCUUUGGAAAGACGAACAUUCCCACAUCUCUUCCCAAAACUUCCCCUGCAGUAGACAAGAGGCCAAUUCGGCAAAGAUUGCAAGAAUGGGUUGCUAUCAACGACCCUGAUAGGGAGGUAAUCCCAAUUGUCCCAGACCUUACAUUUUGGUGCACUGUCACCAACAGUAACACACGUCCUCAAUCUACUGGCUCAUCUGAAUUGGAUAAUUUCAAGUCUGAUCCAGUGAGUAUGGUGGGCCCAGAUGAGAACUACACUGAGGAGGAUGCUGAAGUUGCCAUUGUUGGGCACAAGUCCCACGCUCCCGGCGAUCUUGUUGAAAUGAAGCAGCCUGGCUCCCGGACACCCUUAUUUGCUAUAUACUUGGGGUUCUUUGGCCAACGGUAUCACUUUUAUACCAAUACUGGAAGAUGGGUUAUCAGCAUGGGUUUCUCCGCGCUCUUCUCUGUGUCUAAGUUCGCCGCCGCCAAGGAGCUGCAGCCAAUUCUUUCUCUGAUUCCUCUUAAUGCCACGGCGGACGAGUACGAAGAAUUGCGCAAACGAGACAGGGGCCCCGGGCGAGACGUCGGUGCCCAUCUGAUCAACAAAAUGAAGAAAUUCAUGUUGGAAGCGGACGAGGCCUUCCAGACAAGCCUUAACAGUUUAGACAGGGCAAGAUCACUGGUCUCAGAUGGGAGAAAGACCAAAUAUUUGAGUCUGUUCGAGCUUGCCGACUUGUUGUUACCCAAUUCACUCAAAAAGGGCACCCAGUUUCCUCCUGCUGCUUUAUACGCAGUUCACACAGCGCUCUUACGAAACGACUUUAUCUUUCGGCCGUUAAGCCCUUCGGCUGACUGCCAUCGAAAGGACCAUCUUUUCGAGAUUUUCCCGUAUCAGGAUUUCAUGAUGAUCAACCGGGUGACUCUCAUGAUCCGCGAGUAUAUUCACCUAAUGGCAAAGACGUCAGGAAAUAUGACGUCUUCUGAUAUGUCGGAAACGGCAUUUGGUACUUUCAUUCUGAAGGCAAGACAAAUCGUUCUUGCCAACAGAGAGAAGCGCUCGUGGACACCUUACGGAAUCCUUGCUCCUACUAAAGGGGUCACUCUUGAAACCGGUGAAUGGUCCAGGAAGCACAUAGAAUUCAUCCGCUUUCUUGAGUGGUGGGCAAGCUACGACUUGUUCGAGGAUUCCUCACACUUCCACGCUGAUGGCUCUCUCAUUCUGCGAGCUCUGGAUCUAUAUGAAGGUGCUGAUCUGAAUCAGUCUUGCGCAUGGACCUUCCUACAAGAGCUGGGGAUAAUCCCGCCAUGGGAAAUACCAUCCCGCUAUAAAGUCCGUUUCCCUGAAGUCAAGAUUCAGAGUGGAGGCGGCCUCAUUCGAGAGACUCCAGUUAGUAUCGAGGACUCAACUCGACCAGACGUGGCGGAGGAUGCCAGACGAGACUGGGCCGACGCCCCCGUCUUCUGUAUUGACGCCCCUUCUACAAUACUCAUUGAUGAUGGUGUCUCUUUAGAACGAACAAACAAACCUGACGAAUUCUGGAUUCACGUGCAUGCAGCCGAUCCAGCAUCUGGUAUUCGACCCAACUCUGAGCUGGGCAGGUUUCUCGAGCUGAUACCUGAGAAUAUCUACCUUCCUGGCCACUUUCAGGCCAUGCUUCCAAACGAUCUGGGUCUGGACAAUUCAGGAGACUACAAGUCUGGAAGUUUGGUUGAACAAUACUCGCUUGCCGAUGGUCGACCAGCUCUGACCUUUAGUGCCAGGCUUAACGAGAACGGAGAUCUGUUGGACUACAGGAUCGAGCCAGGUACUUUGCACAAUGUCAAGUACCUGGAUCCAAGAGAUGUUGCUGAGUUUUGUAACGAGCCUCCACCCCCUCCAGUAUCUGACCAGACUCUUGUUGUUGGCCAGCCACCUAACAAGUUGGACGUGACACCAAACCGCCCCUUGAUGUCAGCUAAGGAGUUAGAUGAAAGGAGUAAAGAGGACCUUUUGAUCCUUCACCGUCUGUCUCAGGCUCUCAGGAAAAGGCGUCUGGAGAAGGGGGCCUGGCCUGUUUUCUUGCCAGGCGCUUCCGUUACUGUGGCUUUCGAAGACGUCCCCAUGGAGCAAGCAGAAGGAACCAAGGUCCUGCCAGCUGACCCAUACAUCAAGGUCGGCUACGAUGCCUUCAACGGUGCCUCUGUGGUGAGUAACACAAUGGUGCUUGCCGGUGAGAUUGCUGCUCGAUGGAGCUCUGACCGUAAAAUUCCACUACCAUACCGACGGGACGCCCAUUCGCAGAAGAAUAAGACCAAACUUCUCGAAUACGCCACGAAAGAGCUCUACCCUCUGCUCGAGAAGGGCAUCGCUCCUUCAGGGGCGCAACGCCAGGAGCUGACACGCUUGACUGGUGGCAUCGAGAUGUCGACAGAACCCGGCCCUUAUUUCAUGCUCGGUCUGGACAUGUAUACCAAAGCCACUUCUCCUCUUCGCCGCUUCUCUGACCUCAUUGUCCACUGGCAAAUUCACGCAGCAUUGGCACAUGAGCGGCAGGUGAACCGCAGGCUAGACCCCAAGACUGAUGAUCUGAAUAACAUAUUGCCGUUCACGGAGGAGACACUCCCCAACACACUCUCACUGUUGCGUAUGCGCGAGAGAAUGGCCCGGACUGUGUCUCGCGGCACCCAAGAGUGGAUGCUCAUGGCGGUCGUGCGGGCCUGGCAGUUUGAAGGGACAGCACCGAAGCGCAUGAGUUUCACCGUUGAUGCUCGUUGGAAGCAAGGCGUGUCCGGUCGGGUAGACCUAUUCGAUAUGUCGGCCCUCUUAUCCACCGACGGUAUCGAUGGCCUCGUGCUCCUCAAGGAUAUCAAGGUGGGCGACAAGUUCGACGUUGAGCUGGCAAAUAUCAACGUUCACGCUCGCAGCAUGUUUGUCAAAGCGCUCAAGUACUAUCCAAACACCCGGGCAGAACUACAUGACGUUAGCCAGCCGGCACUCUCCCCGGACGCCCCGUCCCUGGCCCCGGCCUCGUGAGCUGCGCCGCAGGGUCUUCUUUGGUCUUCUCGAAGCAAGACUUUGUUGGGGUGGAAAGAAACACUAAGUUUGAGCGUCACCGCCUUGACGGCGAAGCCAUGGCUUGCAGCAUCGUGAGUGAGAUUGGCGCUGUUUAUGUCUCACAUCUCGUUUCUCUGUCCCCAUGCUCCAACGUCUCUCCGCCUUUUUCUCAAUGGCUCUCAGCAAUCAGCCAUCGACUGACGUGGAGUCGCCCAUCUCUCCCCCGCAUUUUCGCAAAUCCCAUCGAGUCACCCCCUGCGUAAAAAAUAAAAAUAAAACAUGGGGUCUCUUGCUAGAGACUUGAUUGACAGAACCCUGACGUGAUCCUCGGGGGUGUUGUGCUGGAAAUGCACUGUACGAUACCCAUCUUAAGGGGGGGAAUAGCUGACGACAGAUCUCCCCCUUGCCCGAUGCACGUCACUUGUAUCAUACCUGUACCAUAUUUUUACAUGACCAGCACAAACUUGCGAUAGCUUUGGAAAUCAAAAGCAUGAGAUGUACAGUAGAUCAUCCAUUUAUAGAACCACCAAUUAACAAAAUUCCAUCGAUGCCAAUACCGCAUGUCGCAAGUGACCAUCGACGGAAGUCUUCCCUUACUGUUAGACAUAAGCAACAUCACACCCUCGGCUAAUAACCUCACGGACGCUCACACGACAUCCUUUCGAACAACCCAUAUCCCUGUCAAAACAUCCAUAUCACGAAUUACAGCGUCUUUUUGGCAUAAUUGACACUCUGGGGCACUUCGCUAGGGCACGUGGAAUGAGGUCACGCGCGCAGAGAGAACAGACCAGCCCGCGUCCUGUUUCCCCAACAAUUUCGCUGCUUUGCAUCUCAAUUGGUGAUCGACAUAGACGAGACGUUGAUUGGACCGUUUCGCAAGCUGCACUUCGGAUGUGGCAAAGUCGAAUUCUGUCUGCAAGAGGUAAAAGCUAGAACGACUAAGUUUUCAGGGCCAGUAUGAUCAGCAAGGGACGGCAAAGUCAAAACCCUCAUUUGUCCCUUGUCAAGCUUGCUUACCUUCCAUUGUGUUGAUGAAAUGUAUGCCAAGUUAGGCUAUUGGGAAGCAUGCACAUAUUCUCAUUUGGACGGACAGUCAAAAGUAUCGAGAUGAUGGGAACACCAUAUUAUUAUAUCAUGAAUACUUUUGUGUUGUUUUGUAACGGCUUCCGUGCGGUCCGCGUGAGUACGUCGAGAUGCGACCCCCUGUCUUUAUGUACGACCGAUUCAACAACGCACUGAAGACCCGGUCCUGUUGCCAUUUGCCGUUUGUGUCCUUCUUCUUCUUCUUCUUCUUCUUGUUCCUUUGUUUAAAUUGUCCCUGUCCUGGCCUUACCGUCCCGUAGAGUCGCCGUAGUCGCCGAAAAAAUCAAUUGUCCCCAUGGCUUAUACCCUUCCCUUUCCUGAUCCGUCCAUAACCGCCCGAGGCCGCCUGUGAUCCGUAGUACCCACUUGCCCAUGGGAUAUCAUGAAGUAAAAAAACAAAACCCUUGCCACAAAAGAAAGACGGGAACAAAAAAUUAUAACGCCGAAUAUCCCCCGGGCCUGUGACCUCUAGAAUGGCUUUUCCCAUUGCCCCGAUUUCGUAGUCGGAUCCCGGGGACCCGGGCGUCACGGGGUAGGCUGAUCCUUCGUAGAAAGAAAAGCCUGAAAACCAAUGAUGGCGCCUUUGGUGAGAGCUGCCUGAUACAUGGUCCUCUCCUUUACCCAUGAAAUUCCCUCGCAGCCACCCAGCUCUUUCCACAAUAAACACGGUGCUUUUCUUUAGCCUUUUCGUCUCCAUCCAUUCGUUGUUACAGACCGUGUAUGAAAGAUAGAAAUGCGAUUCCGGGGCCACUUUCCAAGAUGUCGUCGUGACAUUGGCACAGGCUGUCUGUCAACAAGCCUUUAUUUCGUGAUAGUCGCGGUAGUAUGGCGGGUCAAUGCCAAUUAUCUCCGAAAUUCCCAUAUAUAGAUGCGCUUUUUUUUAUGUUGUCAUGGCGUCGUUUCAGCUCACACUAAGUGAGUCACAAGCUUAUGAGCUUGUUCAAAUUCCAAUCGCGUCGCUAAAAGAAAGUCGAACGCUUGUGUACCCAUUACUUCCUCCAGCCAACGUUCCAAAUAACGUGGGCGAUAUCACGGGCUGUAUUGACUGUGUCAAUAACUCGACCGAAAAUGCCGUCUCCGGAUUGUAUUUCGCCUUCCUCAAAAGGCAUGAACAUACCGGAUGGUGUGCGUCGCAUACCCGCAGGCUCCUCACAAAGACUGCCUGACGAGAUGGAUCUGCUCAGACCGCCAUUGGCACCUUCGUUGGGAGGUGAUGCCCACCCUGAGCGGGGACUUAACAAAGCGUCGUCAAGACCAUCAUCGUGGUCUUCCUCACCGAAAAAGAACUUUCCUGAUUGUUUCGUAGGUCGUAGUGUCUCCUGUGAAGAUGAAGGAGACAUGAGAGGGCUUCGGGAGUGCUUCAUUGCAGUCUCUCGUGGCUCAGGAGUGUCUUCCCGGUACUUGAGGGUGGUGGACGGCAGCAUAGCGAUUGUCUUGCCUUCAGCAGCUGGCUUUGACUUCAUAGUCUUGCGUCGAGAAAUGGGCCUCUUUUUGGUCUUGACUCGUUUCAUCAUGACACCAUCAUCUGAGUCGCUGUCUGAGCCAAAGUGCUCAUCAAUCAUUUCAUCCUCAUCUUCACCCUUGGCUUCGACAGCUAUACAUUGCUCGACUUGCUCAUUGAAAUGAAUGUGUUUUCGCUCCGAGUUGGGAGAAAUGAUUCCAGAUGACUCGACUGAAGGAGCGACGCUGCUGCUGUCUCCGCUCAACCGCCGUGAUGCGAAGGGAUAUGCGAAGUAAUCUGUUGAUGAGCGACCAAGAUGGGGUCGAAGAAUUCCUCUUGUCUCUUGGGCCUUGACAGCUGCAGUGGCCUGCUUCAAUAAUGAAGCUGUAGACAGUGAUCGCUGAAGCAUCACUUCGGACAUGCUUCUCUUCUUGAGGAUAGGCUUCUUGUUGAGGUUGACCAGUGAGUCAGCUUUGGAUAACGACACGCUUGAAGGCUCAGUAUGCGUAGGAUGGAGGUUCUUGGGUCCUGACUGCAAUGGGCCAUAGAGCCAGGUGACAUCACAAUCCUUAAGCCUAGGGAACGUAAGCAUUUCAGUAGAGCUAGAAGGGAUAUUCUGAGGGAAACAAACCAGUUGAGAGAUUCGGGAGAGAUGGUCUUCAGGUUGUUUUUGGCCUUCAUCCAGGUCCUCCAAGAAGCAUUUUCUAACCGAGCACUGUUGGGGAACUCCCCCCGUCGAGUGACGACAUAUCGCCAUGAUGACCAGAUAUCCUCCUCUCUCCACUCAUGAGAUAGGUAAUCCACUUGGCGGGAUGGUCGACUUAACACUGCAGUGUCGUCCUCUGCAUGUUCAGACUUUUCAUGUUCAGGUGUUUCGGGCCUUGAUGUAUCAUCAGAUACCUCUUCAGAGUUCUCGUGUUCUGCGGGAGAAACAGUAUAAGAGUCGCCGGUUCGGGGACUGGGUGGUGGCUCUAGGUUGUCAUCAUGGUGGAUUUCAGGGCGGAUCUCUGGGUGAACGUAAAACUUCUCCUGCGCAAAGGAUGGAAACAUGAAGUGGUCUUCAGGUGAUUCAGCAAGUCCAAUGUUGUCGUCGUAGUCAGAGGCAAUAGAGAGAUUAGUGGCAGGAGUAGAUGCGUAGGAAAGAUCGACAGAGUCGGCGUGGACGGUACGGGGAGACGAGGGAGCAGAUGAUGAGUUAGAUUCGGCGUAAGACUUGGAUGUAGGCUUGUAAUGAUCGCUUAGGUGAGAAGAAGUGGAAAAUGGUGAAGUCGAUGAGAUGAAGUUGGAGUGAGAAUGUGAGCGUCGUAGGCCGGAGCCGGCGAAGUAACCGUUGUCGUCGGAUGGAAGAACGACAGCCAUGAUGGGAGUUUGAGGAAAACCGUAGGAAUCUUUGUCAAUGCCGAAGCACCCAGGAAAGGUGAAAUUGGGAGGGCUCGAGGUUAGAGACUCAUGGGUACAGACGAGUCGAAAGGCAAACAAAACGGAUGUUAUGUUAUGCUAUUGAUCUGAGAUGAAUUGACGAGAGUGUCAAGAUCUAGCGUGGGCAUGAAGUAUAGAGGAUAGAAUGGAUUUCACAAUGUGGGUGGGGGGCAGGCUUAUAGCAGUUUGUAGUUGCAGGCGUAGAGUCAACCUAAAGAGCCGGACAAGUGCUUGAGCAAACAGCAGGCGAUAGCCGUAGCCGGGGUCCUUGGGGGCAGGUGGACAGGUUCUGUUUGGGGCUAGUUUCUAGCGUACCGGAGGAGUACGUAGCGUAACCCGGCGCUGGUGUUGUGGGUGUGUGUUUUCUGGGUGUGUACUGUACGAGGGAUGGA